AUGAUGUCCCUGAAAGCAGUACUACUGUUUUGUGUAGCAUCAGUUAUACGAGUUGAAAGUUUAAAUUACAGGAUAGUGAAUACAACGCAAGGACCGGUUAAAGGUUACAAAUUGGAUACUGAAAAUGUCUUUAGUUUCCUCUCUAUCCCUUAUGCUACUGUACCAACUGGGUUAGAUCGAUUUAAGGCUCCGUUACCACCUCCGACAUGGACCGAACUUUUUGAAGCUAAUGAAAAGGAUAUCGCUUGCCCACAAUCAGGUCAUAAACUAGACACUGGUGAUGAAUAUCGAGAACAAUGCCUAGUUGCUAGUGUGUUUACGCCUAAUACGACGGCACAAAAUUUACCUGUUCUGGUAUACGUACAUGGAGGAGGAUUUUUUAUAGGAUACGGUAAUGAAUUCACACCGAAACAUUUAGUUCAAAGUGGAAAGAUAAUAGCUGUCACUUUUAACUAUCGUCUUGGACCGCAAGGCUUUUUAUGUCUGGGCACAGAAGCUGUACCUGGUAAUGCUGGGAUGAAAGAUCAAGUUGCGUUACUUAGAUGGGUACAAAAGAAUAUCGCUAACUUUGGGGGAAAUCCUAAGGACGUUACCAUUGCGGGAUACAGCGCUGGAGGGGCUUCUGUAGAUUUACUAAUGCUAUCUAAAAUGGCUCAAACGUUAUUUAGUAAAGUAAUACCAGAGAGUGGCGCGAAUAUUCUAGAUGUUGGUGUUCAAAUUAAUCCGAUUGAAUAUGCACGAUUGUAUGCCAGUAAUUUAAAAUUCGAAAAUGUUGAUGACAUGAAAGCGUUAGAACAAUUUUAUUUGACAGUCCCUUUCGAUGUCUUGACUUCUAUAGAUGUUUUGAAUGGAGUAGACAAUGUUAAUAUAUUGUCUCCUUGUAUUGAGCGAGAUAUUGGCCAAGAAGAAAGAUUCUUAGAAGACAGUCCGGUGAACAUAAUAACUAGUGGGCAUUAUAAUAAAUACCCAAUACUGUAUGGUUUUUCAGAAAUGGAGGGCCUUUUCCGAAUUGGGAAUUUUGAGAAAAUAAAAAACUUAAUGAACAAUAAUUUUGCUAAUUUUCUACCGAAUGAUUUACAUUUUAUUAAUGGGAAGAAAAAAGAAGAAGUCGGGAAAAUUGUUAAAAAGUUUUAUUUCCGUGAAGAGCCAGUAGGUCCAAUCAAUAUUUUGAAAUAUGUUGAUUAUUUCACAGAUUCUAUGUUCGCUUUUAAUAUAUUACGAACGGUCCAGCUGCAGGCCAAAGUUGGUAAUGAUAAAGUGUAUUUGUACGAAUACGCUUUCGUCGAUAGUGAUGUAGACAUAAUUCCAUAUACAAAUAUGCGUGGUGCUACUCACUGCGCGCAAACAAUGGCUGUGUUAGAUUCACCCAAUGAAGAUAAUAUCACUGAAGAAUACAAAACAAUGAAACAUUACAUGCGGGAAAUAUGGUUAAAUUUUAUAAUAUACGGGUAA